AUGUCGUCCUCAAGUGCAUCAUGUUCGCCGUCGUCUUCAGCCGUGACUAUCCCGAUUCCUGGCAAAUCCAUCCUUAAACGACCGCCUCCGCCUCAGCAAUCGCUAUUUUCGCGAAUCACUCGAUUCUUGCCGACUCAGCCAUCUCCAGCAUCGGGGGACGAAGAGAAACCGCUGAAACGAGCACAUUUUAUUCUACCGCAAAUUUCUACCGUUUACCCGAUAUCGUCACUCAACCCACCAUCAACCCCUACUCUAAAAGAGGAGAAGCGUGCUAUUGAAGAAAGGGAGGCAGAGCGGCGGCGGCGUGUAGUCAGAGGAAAUUCAGAGAAUACGGAUGAUUGGUGGUCUCUAGAAAAGGUGGAAUCGUUCUACAGGGAAUGCUGUGCUGGAUGUGAUGAACAGCCUGACCCGGGCAUCAGCCUGGCUUUCAAGCAUGGGACACAAGGCAACCCGAGAACGGUAGACUUCUCUGGUGUGCAGCUUAACCUGGUGUCGGCGUCCAUAUUGUCCGACGUGUUCACCAUCGAAUGGGGUCUCCGAAAGCUGGUAUUUCGCGAGUGUGACCUAGAUGAACACAUAUUGAAACCUAUGCUACAUGCCCUCCUUAUCCCUGGGACGUUAUCCUACCUCUCAGUCGCGUCUAAUAGGCGUUUGAAGACGUCCGCGUUUAGAUUGAUCGGUGCUUUCGCCGUUCAGGCGAAGAGUCUUGAAUUCCUGGAUCUCUCGCAGAACAAUCUAGACAAGAAGUCUGUUGAAUACAUUGUCGCUGCUCUGUCAACGCCACCGACGACGGGGAUAGCCUCUCUUCGGCUGGACGAUUGUAAUCUUCGAAAUGCAGCACUUGAGACGCUAUGCAGGGCGAUCCGAACUUCGUCACUCAAGAACAUAUCCUUGCGGCAUAAUAAGAUAAACCAGACCGGUGCAGUCGCGCUUGCGCUCAUGAUUCGAGACUAUCCAGACGUUAUACCAGCCGGAACCCCCAUUGCGAUACCAUUCUCCCCUAGCAAUCUUUCCACACCAACCUCUUCCCUUCCACCUUCACCUGCUUCUUCCACAUCUCCUCUUCCACCGCUCCAUGAUGGCUCACCGUUAACAAGCCCAACGUCCCCUACUCCCCCAGCACGAGCAGGUCCGAUCUUGCCUCCCCCCAGACACCCACCCACCGGCCCACAAACUACCUACACACCAUACAUACCUAAGUCUCGGCGUGGGCGACCUCCACCUAAUCCUUUAUCGAUUACCGGACAGCCUGUUCCGAUAAUUACGAGCUCCUCUCAGGGUGGUGUGACAAUGAUGCGCCAUCCAUCAUCGUUGCCAGGCCAUACUUCUUCGGGAUCGGCAAGCAAUUCAGAAGCGGGUGGUGACAAGAACCAUCAUGGGGGUCCUAGCCAGGCGCUGUUGGACAAAGUUAGGGCGUUGGAUGCGCUACCAAGGUUGGGGGCAUUGAGGACUCUGGAUUUAAAGGGCAAUGACCUUCGCACUGGUGUUUCUUAUCUUGCCCAAGUCUUGAAGCGCAAUCGGACGUUGAAGGUACUCAAUCUCAGUGAGAACAAGCUAGACGUCCCUUGUCUGGUGUAUAUCGCUGAAGCAUUGAAAUAUAAUUCCUGCCUGGAGACGCUUGACUUAAGCAAGAACCCAUGUUGUGGACCUGGUCUGGAAGGGAUCCAAUCUCUUCGCACUGCUUUUACUCUUAAUUCUGCCCUCAAGCGUCUCUUCCUUUCUUCGACGUCGAUGACUUCCGCUGGAGCCAUAGCUCUCGCCGAAUUCUUGCCCGAAUCGACUAGCUUACUUCAUUUGGACCUGACUGAGAACAACUUGGAUAUCGCAAGCGUCAUGGCGCUCAGGUCGGGGUUGAGGGCAAACCACACCCUCAGGUGCUUGGAUCUAAACGUUCCUCCAAGCGAUGAAGAGUUCGCAAGGAUGUGCCGAGAUAUCCUCAACUCAUGCAUACGGAACACCGAGGAAGCGGAGAAGAGCACUCAGUCAGGGCUCACUAAUGGAAGUUUAGGUAAGAGUACGGGUAAAGGUGUUUGGAGUAUGAUAGAAGAAAGCGAGCUUGCCAGGAGCAUACGCCUCGGGGAGGGGUCAAAGACCGAUGGUGACGUACUCCCCCGGGCCCGAACUAUGAUUGCUCAACUCCGUGCUUCGAUAUCUCCUGACCCGUUGACACUUCCACCGCCUGUGUCCCUCCAUGAUCUUAUCACCCAAGCCAAGAUCAUCGCGUCGGAGCUCACCACGCUCAUCGAAGGCACGGGCGAUCCCUCACGGAUGGAAGAACUCUUUACCCUUAAUGAUGAGUUGACAGAACUGAUGGCGCGCGUUCCUUCGCCGGGGAAGCCAUCGCUCAAGUUGGUUGGCCUCAGCCCAGAACUGUCUCCUGGGGAUAUAGCCAAGUGGACUGCCCAUUCAAAUGGUACUGUCAUCACCAAUGGGUCUUUGCACGGCAGUCCCAUCGCCGAGGAGGAUGAACCUGAUGAAGAGGAAGAGGUUUCUACCCCUAGGAUUGAUAAAGGAAAGGCGAAAGCAGAUCCCGUUCCAGAAGAACCUGAGAAGGUCCUCAGCCCUUCAUUGUCGCUAUCGAUGACUGAGGGCGACACGGACGAAGAAGACAUCUCCCAGUUCCUCGCUGAAGGAGAUGAUGACGCUGCGCUCAUCACAUCUCCCACUAUCGACCGUUCAAGGUUCUUGGUUGAGGAAGAAGGCGAGGUAUUCCGCAAGGGCACUGUGCUACUCGGCCCCGAGGAAAUGGAGGGCGACUACGCUGGUGAAGAUUUGCGCAAAGAGCUUUUAGAGGCCAUGGUCGAGCGCCCGCCGCCCAGACCAUUGCUGGACGAAUACGGUCUGGAAAUGAACGUCCAUACUCCCCAACCGGAAGCGGAAGUUCCCCCAGUAUCUCCUAGCCCUGUCUCGCCUAGCCAAGAGAGACCUUCCCCGCGACCGUACAUCUCACGGAGAUCGUCUGCGUCGUCCAUCAUGAGUCUCAUUUCACCGACAUUGCCGCCGGGCAAGCCAGAUUUGGAGCCCGUUGCCAAUGCUAACGGGAUGGGUUCGCCAACUAUACGAAGCCCGACGAUACUAAGCCCUAACCUACCAUCACUUGCGUCUCCCCGGCCUUACGCCCCUCGGAGAGGAUCUGCUUCUAGCCUUGAUCCAAACCCCUCAUAA